UCUGUCUGGUCUCUGCUGGUGUUCAGUAAUGCCGUUGCGGGAGAAAGCGCUCUGGACAGGAUUGCAUGUGGCCUCGGAGGAAAGAUCGUCCUUCCCAUGAUCAAACAGCACAUCAUGCAGAUGUUGCAGAACCCCGAUUGGAAGUACAGGCACGCCGGUCUGAUGGCGCUCUCUGCUAUCGGCGAGGGCUGUCACCAACAGAUGGAGGCCAUUCUGAGCGAGAUCGUCAGCUUUGUUUUGCUCUUCUGUCAGGAUCCUCACCCCAGGGUUCGUUACGCCGCCUGCAACGCUAUUGGACAGAUGGCCACAGACUUCGCCCCCACCUUCCAGAAGAAAUUCCACGACAAGGUAUCGCUGGGAGAUG